AUGGCCUGGGCUCCUGGCAACUUUGGAGUUGUUACGCACUACAAAAUCGAGGUCCAGCAGGACAAAGACUACGAGGGCUCGAAGGGCCUGUGGAUUGGUUUUGUCUACCGCGACAACACGUACAAAGCCCUGCUCGACAUUCUUCGUCGCAAAGCCGAGGAUCCGAACCUUCCGCGCGGCUACGACUUCACUGUCAACGUCACCAGUCGCUCGGCAGAUCUCGUAGCUGUGUAUCCCGGCACGAAAGAUCAGCUCAGAAAGGCUGUAGGGCAUGUGGAUCAUCCAGAGAAUUUGGAAAAAUUACUCGAUGGCAAAUACGCCAUGAUCGUUUGCUGGGCUCAAUUCCUGAACAUCAAGGGCGAGCCCGCGUACGAUCCAUCCUUUUUUGAAGAGAUCAAGAAAGUUCCAUACGACACCGAGAAGCCAAUCAUUUUGAAUAAAGAUCUUGAAGUAAGUGGCUUCCUCGACAAGGCUCGUGAGUUUGACUUUCCGUACAUCAAGCGCACCUACACGACCAAGAAGUUUACGAGCCCUGACUGGUCCGAGUGGUUUCAAGGCCGCGUGAGUGAGAUCAUCGGUAGCAAGGAGAACCCCAAGGGGAAACCUGGUCUCUGGAUCUCGUCCCAGAUACAGAUGUAUGGCGGCGAGAAUUCCAUGUUCAUCAAGAACGGCCUUGCCAAGAACGGUACGGCCAUCGCCAACCGCGACAGCAUCAUCAGCGGUACCUGGGAUGCCUUCUACACCGUUCCUGGCCCUCACCUGCCGGAGGAUACGAAGAGCAGCAGACCCGAGGCUGAGGAGUGGCAGAGGAAGAAUGAUGAGGGCCUGAAGAAGCAUUACAGCGACACGGAUCGACGUCUCCUCUGGGGAUCGUGGGGAGACUGGGACCUGUCGAAGCCAGAGGUGUGGAAGUGCUACUACGACGAUGAGACGUUCAAGAAGUUACAGAGCAUCCGCAAGAAGGCUGACCCCCAUGAGGAAGUUUAA